AUGAAAAAAAUUAGAGAAAAAGCAACUUCUUUACCUAUAUUUAAUGGCCGCAUUUCAGACUCAUCAACAUCGAGCAAUUCAUCAUCUAUAGUUAUACCAGUGAAAGCUAAAAAACGUGCUACACUCAGUGGUCCAGUUCAAUCUUCAGUUUUUUCUAUUUCCACUUCCUCAGUAACAUCGCUAUUAAAAAACGAAAUAGUAGAGUCGGAGAAUACUGUUCCAACAACAACAAAUGGUUCAGACGUUGUAAUUGGACAACAACCAUCACAACAAUCAACUUUGCAUACUAAAAACGCUACACAAGAAACGACAAAGUCAAUAAAUAUUAUUGGACCCGAGUUAAAUAAUUAUGAAAAGGUCAAAGUUGUUGGUCAAGGUUCCUUUGGCGUGGCGAUAUUGUAUAGACGCAAGUCAGAUGGACAUAACAUUGUGUUCAAGCAAAUUAAUCUCUCAGAUUUAACAUCGCCAGAACGUGACUUAGCUAUGAAUGAAGUUGAAGUAUUUUCAAAAUUACAUCAUCCUAAUAUUAUUAGCUAUUUAGGAAGUUUCAUUAAAGAUAAUACUUUGCUAAUAGAAAUGGAAUAUGCUGAUGGUGGAACUUUAGCUCAAAUAAUAGCUGACAGACAUUUAAGAGACUAUCUGCCAGAACGAUAUAUUAUAGCAGUAUUUGAGCAGAUAUCAAGUGCAAUAAAUUAUAUGCAUUCGGAAAAUAUAUUACACCGUGAUCUGAAGACCGCAAACGUUUUUCUUAAUAAACGUGGUAUUGUCAAAAUUGGUGAUUUUGGCAUAUCCAAAAUUAUGAAUACAAAAAUACAUGCUCAAACUGUAUUGGGUACACCAUAUUACUUUAGUCCGGAAAUGUGUGAAGGUAAAGAAUACGAUCAUAAGAGUGAUAUAUGGGCCCUUGGUUGUAUACUCGGAGAGAUGUGUUGUCUGAAGAAAACUUUUGCAGCAAGUAACCUAUCAGAACUCGUAACUAAAAUUAUGGCGGGAUCAUAUAGUUCUCUACCUUCUGGAUACUCGUCAGGUCUACGCACUCUCUUAAGUAACUUAUUACAGGUUGAUGCUUCAAAACGUCCUACGGCGUCAGAAAUAUUGGAAUACUGGAUACCGCUUAUAUUUCGUAGUUUAGGAAAAAGUAAAGGUUAUUCUUAUGAGGAUGACAUGACCUUUACCAAUACACACACCACCGAUUUAUUAUCCUUGAAACAAGAAGAUCCUUUAGCUUGCAGCAGCCUUAAGAGUAUUCGAGCAAAUGGUCUAGCAACAGCACAGACCGAAACCAAAGAAUUAAUGAAUGCGGAAACUAUGGCACCUUGUGAAGUCAUACAAAAGAGAUCGGUGUUAUAUCAAUUGAAAUCGUUUGGCAGUAGUUUUACCAUGAAUCCUAUACAAUUACCUGCCAAAGCGUGCAUACGAGCGGUAGCUACCAGUGAUACACAUUUUGUGGUAGUCAAUGAUGAUGGUUCUGUUUAUAGUUGGGGAGAAGGUACACAUGGUCAAUUGGGUUUAAAUUCAUUAGAAGCUUGGAAACACUUUCCAAGUCGCAUGGAGAGCGUUCGAAAUUAUCAUAUUAUAGAUGCCUGUGCUGGUGAAGGUUUUACGAUAUUACUAACACAAGCUGGAACUUUGCUGAGUUGUGGAGAUAAUUCCAAAUAUAGUUUGGGACAUGAAGAAAAUAAAAUCUAUUAUAGCCCCAAAUUUAUAUCCAAAUUGGAAGGCGUGCAGAUACAACAAAUUGCAGCGGGUUUGGAACAUGUAUUGGUGUUAGCGACUGAUGGUUCCGUUUAUACUUGGGGUACAAGUGUACAGGGUGCUCUUGGCUUGGGUACACUACAAACACAGCAAAAAACACCACUUAAAAUAUUGCUUUUACAUGUCAACUGCAAGGCUGAGAGAAUAUUUUGUGGACCCGAUACGUCAGCCAUAUUAUUUAAGAAUGGUGAUCUACAUGUAUGUGGUAGUAACGAUUUCAAGAAAUUAGGUUUUAAUAAGCCCGUUAAAGUAGCUUCGUUCAAAAAAAUACAGCUAUCGCAUAAAAUAGUUGAUGUAUGUUUUUCAUCAACGCAUACUAUUUUAUUAGUGGAAGGUGGUUAUGUUUUUACAAUGGGUCAUAACUCUGAUGGGCAACGUGGUGUUGGGCAUUGUAAUAUCGUGGAAUAUCCUAGUUUCGUAGAAUUCAUGAAAGAACGUUUCAUUGUAAAGUGCAAAUGUAAUGACCAGUGUUCUAUUGUGGUUUCCGAAGACCAUGUAAUUACUUUUUGGGGUAAGCGAAAUGGUAUUCCCGACUUUGGUGAAGAACGAAAAGAAGAAAAAGAGAAUGAGCUGCCUGACAACACACAGAAUGAUACAGAAUUGGGUAACAACACAGCUGCUUUUACUAAUUUUUUAGCAUCUGUUUACAAAUCAGAACUUAUAUUAGAGCCAUUAGACUUAUUAGCACUUUACUCCUCAAGCGAUCAGUGCGAGAAAGGCUAUUAUGUUGAAGUUAAGGACAUACAUCCUUUACCAUAUAGCAUUUUAGUACUAGUAGACACAACAACUCCUUUAAUAUCAUCCUUAGAAGAACUUGCUUAGAUUGCAACCAAUAUAAUUCAGACAUAUCAGGACUUUUGCAAAUGCAAUGAACUGAUACUGGAGACAUAUCUCUACUGAUACUAUUAUGCCAUCGAGAGAAGUAAUACUAACAGUAAAAGAAGUAAUACUGAUACUAAAAUUAUAUUAAAUAC